AUGAAAGGGACCGACUCUGCGGCCGCCUCCAGGAGCAACCCCUGCCUGGAGGCGGCCAAAGCCUGCAACCUGAACGACAACUGCAAGAAGCUGCGGUCGGCCUACAUCUCCACCUGCAACAAAGAGGUCUCGGCCUCUGAGCACUGCAGCCAGCGCAGGUGCCGCAAAGCCCUGCGCCAUUUCUUUGACCAGGUGCCCAGCGCAUACAGCUACCGGCUGCUCUUCUGCCCCUGCAAGGACCAGGCCUGCGCAGAGCGCCGCCGGCAGACCAUCGUCCCCGACUGCUCGUACCAGGAGACGGAGAAGCCCAACUGCCUGACUCUGCGGAGCCAGUGCCGGGCGGAGCCCUUGUGCCGGUCAAGACUGGCCGAUUUCCACAGCAACUGCCAAGCCUUCCUCACCAGCUGCUCCAGGGACAACUAUCAGGCCUGCCUGGACUCCUACACUGGCCUGAUAGGUUUGGACCUGACCCCCAACUAUGUGGAUGCGAGCUUUAGCAACCCGAUGAUCUCCCUGUGGUGCUCCUGCCAAGGGAGUGGCAACAUGGAGGAGGAGUGUGAGAAAUUCCUGAAGGACUUCACGGAAAACGCCUGUCUCCGAAAUGCCAUCCAGGCCUUUGGCAACGGCACUGGCCUGACCUUCUCGCCCAAGGCCCUCCCGCCGCUGCUCCUCACCCUGCCUCCCUCGACUGGAAGGGCUGCCUCUCUGCCAUGCAGCGUGAAUGACAGCCUCCCCUGCACCUCCUCCACCCAGGAAAGUGGGUCCAAGGUGAACCAGUCCACAGAGCAGAGUCUUUGCUUCUCAGAGAAAUCACUGACCACCGCUCUCAUGCCAGAGCAGAAGACUUUGGUGGAGCCUAAAGGAUCAGGCAGCCAACUUUCCUCCACGGGGACUGUCUCUGCUCUGCUCGUCUUCCUUGCAAAAACGGCCAUGUAGGAGGGACAUGGAACAAGACUUGCCAGGAGACGGGAGGGAGGGGCCCGUGCAAACCCCCCUCCACCUGUAGGCCACCCAGAACUUUCCCUUGGCCGCUGCCUCCAAGGAGGCACCACAGCCCUUGUAGAGGCCUCUGCGAGACGCUCUCCGUUGUGUCCGUGUGGAGGCCCUUAGUAAAGACCUGCCAGGCCUGGGAAUCCAGGCUCGUCUCUUCCCAAGGAUCCCAAACCCAGGCUGAACUUCCACCCCUUUACCACCCGUGUUUCAAAGGGAUCCAAGGUAUCAGCUGGGCAGUUCAGUGGAGCCGGAGGCCUUGUGGAGAGGCUUGGCCUCGCGUUGUCCUGCUUUCGCUCUGCAAGGCCGAGGGGCGGCCAUUCCCCACCCCCAGGUCACCACCCAAACCGUUUUUUGCUGCUUGAAAAUGCUCCAAAACAGGCCUGGCUUCCCUUCAGCUCAGAGGAUACUCAGAAGUGUCCGAACUUCAUCCUAGGAAAAUGGAAAGGGAGCGAGGUGCUUCUACAGCUAGAGGCAGCCUCCCGUAAGCAGGAGGCUUGGAGGGCUGGGACUGGCUGGCUGGAGCGCGUACAGAGCUGUGCCUCAUGGAACAAGGAAUGCCGCCCCUGGUCCGAUGGAGUUUCUACUUCCCCCGAUUCUUCUGCUUCUCCAUCUCUUCAUCCUCUUUUCUAGGUUUUUAAUCUCCGAUAAAAUGAUCCCACCACUCUGUUGGAAAGUUACCCCAGGAGUGUCACUGUCCUGCCACCUCGGGUGGAAGCACCCACGGAGGGCAGCCAUGAACCCACCAGACAUUGUCGAUUGAUGUUUUCUCCUCCUUCCUUCCGUGUUGUUUCCCCCCCCCCCCAAAAAGUCAUAA